AAUAAUAUAUAAAAUUGAAAAUACAUUUUUGAAACACAAUGUCAUUAGCAAUCUACGCGCGUGAAGGACUCAAUGCAGCUAUUAUAAUGGGAGCCGGAGAUGUGAUAGCACAAUUGGCCGUCGAAAAGAAACCUUUAAAAGAAUGCAAUUUGGGAAGAACGGCGCGUUUCAGUGCUGUUGGAUUCUGUUUCGUUGGACCCGCGUUACGCAGAUGGUACAUCAAAUUGGACAGUUUGGUGGCCAAGGAGCAACCCUCGUUUCAACGGGGCGUCAAGAAGAUGGCCAUUGAUCAGACCUGUUUUGCUCCUGCAUUUACAUUGAGUCUCUCAUAUCUUGUACCCUUUGUCAAUGGCGAGAAGCAUCGGGAUAUUGUCCAGGGCAUCCGGGAUGAAUAUUUUACAAUAAUGAAACGCAGCUAUAUGCUGUGGCCUCUGGCCCAGAUGAUCAACUUCUCAUUGAUACCCAUGCAAUAUCAAGUUUUGUAUGUUCAGCUGAUUGCGCUCAUUUGGAAUUGCUAUUUGUCCAUGGUCCUCAACAGGCAGAAAUAGCCUGUAUAAAUUUUAAUCUGUUAGUCAACAAAAUUUCUAAGUAAUAAACGUACAGAUUGCUGUCAUUCAUUUGUACAAUGU